CGUCGCUAAACGUCAAAAAAAGUUAACCUCAAAAUGCUCCGAAAGAUGUAAACAAAAAGCGAAUACGCUUUACGAAGAUGAAAUCUGAUAAUUACUACACCCCCUAUUGGAUUUUAGUAGCCUUAAGGAUAUUCUUCGUGUUUAUACCGCAGGUUGGUUACAUACACCCGGACGAGUUUUUUCAGUCGGUGGAAAUUUUUGUUGGGAAGAUAUUUGACGUUGAGUACAGUCCACCAUGGGAAUUCAACACGACUCAGCCUAUAAGGAGCAUGGCGGUGCCAUAUUUUACUGUUGGAUUGUCGUACCAACUUCUAAAGAUUAUAAAUCCGCUUGCAGUGCAGUUUUUGGAUAUUAACAUAAUCUCGCCGUAUUUUUUACUCAUAUUUCCCCGAUUAUUCAUGUGUUUGUUGUCGUUUACAGUAGAUGUGUGCCUGUACAAAAUUUGCACUAAUAAUAACGAAAAGUAUCAGACCAAGUUGUUUGUGCUUGCUAGUUCUUACAUAAUGAUUGUUUUUGGCACCAGGACAUUCUCAAACACCAUAGAAUUAGUACUGUUAGCUGUCUUAAUGUACUUUGUUUGUGAGAGUUUAACAUUCUCGAAUAUUUUGAUAAAAAAGAAGGAAUAUCUCAUUUUUCGCUAUGAAAACAGCCAGAAUCUCGUCGAAAGAGUGAAAUUUCAUAAGUUGAGAUUAAUUUUGGAGAGCGAUAACUACAGGAAUGGCUUUUUUAUUAGCACUGUGUCAGUUCUGGGUUUUUUUAACAGACCAACAUUCUUGGCGUUCGCUAUAUUUCCAAUAUUUUUCUGGCUAUAUCGCGGCAUAGGCAGCAAAUGCGUCAUGUCAUUGCAGUUCCACUUACGCAUAUUGGCUUUGAUUAUUUUUGCCAUACCAACCAUUUUAAUUGUCAUUGUUAUUGACAGCUUCUUUUACGGUUUUUUGACUUGGGGAGAGCUGGGUAUGCUCGAUAUGAGCAUCAAUAGUUUUGUUUUUACCCCACUAAAUUUUUUGAAAUACAAUUUGGAUUCCGAUAAUUUGGCCUUGCAUGGAAUACAUCCCAAGUUUUUACACGUCGCCGUUAAUAUACCCCUACUAUUUAAUUCUUUGGGUAUAUAUGCAAUAGUUUCCAUAAUCAACUACUGUUACAUGAUUUACCAGUGUAAGUUCCACUUACUACCAUCAGUAAGAAGUAUAAAAGGCCUUAUGACGCUCUCCAUAUUAGCCCCAAUAAUAAUUUUAUCUUUGUUCCCCCACCAGGAACCGCGCUUUUUGAUACCACUAAUUCUACCUCUGUGUUACUUGCACGGAAAUUCAGUAUUUCCCGAGCAGGACAAUGUAAUAGUGGAACACGAUAAAAACUCUUUUAAAUCAACCAACACCGCAAAAUCCGAGAAUCGGCUUUUGAUCAAAUUGUGGAUCCUCUACAAUCUCAGCUUGUUUAUGUUGUUUGGGUUUAUACACCAAGGAGGGGUAUAUUUGGCAACCUCUUACUUACACAAAGAUCUAAAAAUGCAUAGUCUAUCAACGGAAUACCACAUAGUUACCAGUCAUAUUUACUCCCUACCGGAAUCUUUCCUAUUGCAAAAACCAAGCGAUAAAUUAUACAAGGUAAAAAAUAAGACUUUCUCUUAUAAUAAGCGAGUCUUCCUGUACGAAGAAGGCUCGAAAAAUGUGUCGUACCUAGUCGAUAAGCUACAAAAUAUCAUCGAUAUUAAUAAGGAUCUCGCUAAAACCAAACCAAAGAGAUACAAACUCUUGGUGUUAAUUUCCAGAAGUGUCAUCGACGACUUUUUAACCAUAGCCAAAACCAAACACCUAAACGUCUACAAAAUAAAGACUUUUCAUCCACAUUUCAGCACUGAAACCCUGCAUAUGUUUACAGAUUACUGCUUAGAUUUUAUGAACAUUUACAUGUUCAAUUGCAUCCCUUUGUCGUACAAUGAGUAUUUCAAGAAAAUCGUUUCGUUAGUCGGACUUAAUUUGUAUCAAAUCACACAAUUUAAUUAGUAUUGGCGGUUUGUUUUAUGUAUGUAUAUUAUAUAUAAGCAAUAAACACCUAUGUGAAUCUCUGGAUAUUUGUGAAUUUAUUAAGUUUUUGUAUAUAAUUUUACACAUUCCAUUUUGAAUAAAUUUUUUUAUACACU